AAGUCUUUGUGACAACUUCCGGUAUUAAAGGCCUACAAGAUUUGAAUCUUCCUCGCUUGCUGCCCGAGUCUUUCUCUCCCACAACAACAGAGGCGCAUUCUGAAUCAUAAUCCCACGCAAAGACAACUAUGAAUAAUGAUACUUCCGAAUUAUUUGAAAGAGUGGCCAAAAAGAUGGGCUGGUCUGCAGACGGAGGACUGGACACCGCAGAAGAAAAGCUGAUGAGCAAAAUUGGCAAGACACGCAAUUGUGCCACAAGUGGUGAUCGACCUGUGGAUCCGUCAGCCUCUCGUGUCCAGGUGUCCUCACCUGACAGUGAAGAUGAUCCAGAUAAAGAGAACCAGUUCUCCAUGGGCAACCAUUACAGAACAAAAUAUUUGAUAGAGUCCAGUGAUGAUGACUUUGACCAAUUUCUUGUGGGAAGGGCUACACCUACACCAAAAGCUAAACCUAGAUCCAAAACACCAUUAAGUGCUGUCAAGAAAGAAAGGUCAAAGGUUCUUGUGCUGAGCUCGGAUGAAGAUGUCAGUUUCGAGACAUUUCUACAACGAGUGAAAACGCCUAAUGUCAAGCCGAAGAAAAAAUCUGAAAGUUUGAGUGAAGACAGCCUCAAAAACUUCAUAGUGCCUGACCUGUCAUUUGAUGACGACUUUAUUGAGACAAAAUCAUCUAUGAAAGUGCCCAAGAAGAGCAACACUCCAGCAGCUAAGCAUCCAUUGAGGAGGCCGCUGUCACAGUGUGACUCACCGGUUUUUGUCAGUGACAGUGACGAGGAUGACAACAAUAUUGUGGUCAAGAGCACAUGGAGGACUCGUCACUCGAAACCAAAGCCACCUCAAAAGCCUACAAAGAAUCAUGUUCUGCUGCUUAGUGACGGAGAAGACAGUUCCCCAUCACUGCCUUUGCCUCCAGUCCCAUCCCCUUUUUCACUGCCUCCUCACAGAGCUCUUACUUCACUGGCCUCUCAGAAACGCACACUUUCCGCCCCUUCUAAGUUGGAAGGGUCAGAAAGUUCUGAGGAGGAGUUCACGUCUCUACUGGAGAGGCUGAAGAGGAAAAACAAGCUCACUGGCAUGCCAUUCUCACCUCGGAACACCCACGACUUCAAUAAUGAGUCGGGUCCUUCUGUAAAGGGGCUCAAAACACAAACCUCUACAUCUUUAAGUCAAUCACCUCUGCAAAUGAAGACACCAGGAAAAACUACCAUCUUAAAGCCCACAGUCAGUCAGACGGAGCCCAGGCCUGGCCCCACCAGCAGGGUGGCAUCGUGUAAGACUCCAGGGUGCUUUUUAACGUCCUUAUCGAACCCUGGGGCCAAUUAUGGACGCCAUUUCAAGCAGAACAAGGAAGAACUCACCGGGAAACUCUUCCGGCUGUACAAUACCUCUGUGUUUGACAGUAAGCUCCCCAUCAAUAUGUCGGUUACUUGGAAUAAGAAGAUGCGUAAAACGGCGGGUUACUGUAUCACAGGGCAAGAGCGAGCUGGAGGAAACCGCUACGCCCGCAUUGAGCUGUCAGAGAAAGUCUGUGAUUCUGCAGAUCGUCUCAGGGACACACUGGUUCAUGAGAUGUGCCACGCUGCCACCUGGCUGAUUAAUGGCGUGAGGGACGGGCACGGAAACUUCUGGAAGCUGUAUGCUCGGAAAUCAACGCUGGUGCAUCCUGAGCUGCCCAUGGUCACUCGCUGCCACAGUUACGACAUCAAAUACAAAUUCCAGUACCAGUGCACGCGCUGCAAGAAUACGAUUGGGCGACACUCCAAGUCGCUGGACGUGCAGAGGUUUGUGUGCGCCCUCUGCACAGGACAACUGACUUUGCUGACACCUUCCAAACCACGCGCCCCAACGCCUUUUGCAAACUUUGUCAAAGAGAAUUAUGGGACUGCACGUCAGGAGCUAGCAGGGCAGAGCCACGCGGACGUGAUGCGCAAACUCAGUGUGGACUUUGCCUCCAAGACAAAACUCAGUCAGAGCUGAGAUCAUGACGCUCUUGCAGCCGUGGACUGAGAUACACAACCCCAGGAAAUCUGUCCAGAUCCGACAUACCUCCAUUUCAAAGUCUUACAUUAUGGAGCAGCUGUGAUAUUUAAUAUUGAUUUUUGUUUGUUAGUUGUUAGAAUGUGAUUACAGAACGGAUCUGCUUUGACUGGAAAAUCUGAGCCUCACCAGCAGUGUCAUCCUCCUGAGAGUGUCUGUGUGUUCUUGUUGGUGUGUAGCUCUCAUUCCUUGUAUCCUCUAUACUUGAGCUCCUUUUUGUAAUGAAUUUUCAUUUUAGCAGGGAAAAUGUACAAAAUGUUUACAUUCUUAAAGGGAUAUUUUUUAUUUGCUUUGCUUGAUGUGAAAUGAAUAAAUAAAAUUAAAAGGUGCC